AUGACUUCACAAAAUGAAUUCACGUUCGUCCCCGCGUUGAUCGUGGUAGACAUGCAAGAGGACUUUUGCCCACCAAACGGAUCCCUCGCCGUCGAAGGCGGCCGCGCAAUCGCUCCCCUAAUCAACAACCUCCUCAAUCUCCCCGCCUUCGCAAUCCGCAUCGGAACCCAAGACUGGCAUCCAUCCGACCACAUCUCCUUCGCCUCAAACCAUCCAUCCCCGCACAACAAACCCUUCGAAUCAUUCAUCGACAUGACCAACCCAGCCCCCGGGAAACAGCACGAAACAAAGUCUCAACGCCUCUGGCCCGUUCACUGCGUUGCCUCUACAAAGGGCGCAGAAAUCAUUCCCGAGAUUGCGCAGACCAACAAACUAGACGUACUAGCGAAGAAGGGAAUGGAUACGAGAGUUGAGAUGUACUCGGUGUUUAGCGACGCGUUUCAGAACAUGGAUCCUGCGCUUCACCAUAGAUCGGUUGAUGUAGAUGUUACCGCCGUGCUGAAGCAGCGCGGUGUCACAGACGUGUUUGUCGUUGGUCUCGCGGGGGAUUAUUGUGUUAAGUAUACGGCGAUCGAUGCUGUGAAGGCGGGCUUUAGGAGUUAUGUGGUUGAGGAUGCGGUCAGGUCGGUGGAUCCGGGCGAAGGGUGGAAGCAGGCGCUUAGGGAGUUUGAUGAGGUUGGGGUUAAGGUUGUGAGGAGUAAUGGUCCGGAGGUUGGGAGGGUGAGGUCGUAG